AUGGCUGACACUAGGCUGAGCUUAACUGACGCUGUGACCCAAUUCUUUGGUUUGCAGGAAGGCAGCUGUGUUUACGGGCCCUGUACUGACCGCAGUUUGAGGCGCCUUAUCUUGCUCCUUUUAUUUGUGUGUAUGGACGCCUGGACUCACACCAUGUGCGUGUCACAGGCACCCGACGAGUUGCCUCGUCACGGGCGUGUGGAUUUGCACGGUUGGGAAAUGCUUUGCUUAUUUCAGCUGUGGAGGGCGUCGAGGUGGCAGGGGGGCAUCGCUGCGGAGCUCCCGCAACUCUCUUCUCAUGCAGGUGGAAGCACGGACGGCUCCUCCUGCUUUGUCGACGUGCGCCGAGUGUUUGGCUCAACGCAUUGGCGUCUGUACGGGCAAUGCCGCGUUGCAGGGUGA